AGCAGAAGUAUUAAUAAAAGCAAAAACUAUCAAAAUAAAUUUUUUUAGUAAAAUUUAUAUAUAUAUAUAUAUAUAUAAUUUUAACUGUUAGAUAAAUGUAUAGUGUUAAAUAUUGUAAAUAAAGAACCAUGAGAUGAUUGUAUUAAAACCAGGUGAACCAACGCCAGAUUUAUCUUCUUCUGACUUAGAAAACAAUAAGUCAUCAUCUCAGAACAGUAGAUGUGGAAGUGCUAAUCGCGUUGAAAGUUUUCUUCCAAAAAUAAAACGCAAAGAUGACAUAUCAGCACAUUUAGCAGACACUUUGCAUGAGUCAGCCAUCAAUUUGACAUCCGAAAUGGAAUUGUCUGAAAGAAAUAGUAAAAAAAUUCCUGAGAAAUCAAUGGUGGAAGUUUCACCAACACAGAGGGCUCCUCUGGAACUUUCAGCACAAUUUUUAGACGCAGUCAUGUCUAAAGAUUACAAGUCAGCCAAACUAUUGUGCUCGCAGAUUUUAGCCAUCGAACCUCACAACCAAACCUGCAGAGAAUUUGAAUGUGUUUUGAAUGAAGCUCUAACUCUUGAAGAUUCGGACUCCAGCGAAGAAGAAACAGAUGAAAGUGAUUCUGAUUUUGAAGAAGAAGAAGAAGAAGAGGAAGAGGGAGAAGUAUGUGAAACUUCAGGAGAAAGUGAUGCUGAAGAUGGAGAUGAUGAUGAUGAUGAUGAUGACGAUGACGAUCUAACAGCUGAAGAAGUUAACAAAUUAAAUCUCUUAGUUGGAGGUAUCAACAUUGUAAAAAAAGAAAGAUAACUUGUGUUGCCUUCUAUGUUUUCAUUUGGACAUGGUUUUGACGAUAAAACUAAGUUCGGAUCGAUACAUAAUUUGAAUUUUAACAUUUUUGAUCAGAAGUUGUUUGGGUGUAUAAUAUUGAAAAGUAAUAUAUAUUUAAAAGAAGAAUUUUUUUCAAACUUGUAAAUAAAAAAUCGUUGAGAAAGUUUUUUUUAAAAGAUUGAAAGCAGAUCUA